AUGUCAUCAUCGCAAGCCCCCUCGAGCUUGUCGCACAGCCUGGCCAUACCUUUUGCGAGUCGGCUGAGCGAACAACUGUCUCAGCGGACCGAAAACACUAAAUCAGGCAUCGACACCGACCAUGCGGUCGACAGGAGCAGGUCGCUAGGACCCCCUCUACGCCCAUCGCCGGCCUCACGCUCUCUCUCCGACGCUGCAAAGCCGGUUUCCGCGACCCCCCACCAUCCCCUCGAUUCCCGACCGCCGAGUAAGGAUGAUUCUUCGCUUUCAUCCACCCCGGAGACCCCUCAUCGACCGUUUAUGCACAAUUUCCCCUUGAACCUUCCCUCCAAAACACCCGGCUCCAGCUCCUUGUCCGCGUCCAACCGUGCCCCGCUUUCUCCAAAGCUCGAUUCCUCCCAAAUCUAUAGCUCGCCGGGCUCGGUGCUGCCCCGUCGCUCACGAGGCCUCGACUUUUCCCGUGCCUGUACCAACCUUCACCAUUCCACACUUGCCGAAGCAUCGCCAGACUCUUCGCCUACGGUCGGUGGGCGCGGAGUAAAUAUUCCACAACGCCGCGGGUCGUUGGGGUCGGCAUCCGUUCAUCCGUUCUCAACUUCGAACCCCGGCGACCGAACUGCGAUCUCGAGCUCCGUCUCGAGCAUCAACAUGAUGGAAUCGGACACGAGCAGUAGCGAGGAGGAUGACGAGCCCAUGAUCGGCGAUCGGGACGACUUCAUGAUCACCAACACACCGCAAGCGAAGAAGUUUGGAGGUGGAGUGAGUCCUUUCGCGGUGGGCAAUGUGUCUAGUCCCGGGAGUGAAUGGAUGGGCGGCUAUUCGCAGGCGGCGGCUAGCCUUAUGAGCUUUCAGCGUGCUCGUUUCCGGAAAGGACGCAGCCGGCACAGUUCCAGCAGUGGCAGCUCUAAGCAAAGUCCCGGGCCGUUGUCCCCUCCGGUGAUGAAGAGCAUCGAGAAUCCAAACGGCGGUUACUUCGCAGCCCGAGGCAGCGUCUCGUCGCGCCGAGGAAGUCUGAGCUUGGGGACGCGGGACUUGCGUUUGUCGGACGUCAGUGAUGAAGGAGAGCAUCGCGCCAUGCGGGGACAGAGCCCUAAUGCGUCAAACCCCGAGGGCGGGCCUCUGGGGGUGAUACGUCGUGCUGUGACUCGCCGAGGCAGUCUACUGCCAAAAACCAAGACUUUCGCCCGCAUCAGAGCAGCGUUGAUGGAAGAAGGCGCUCCGAUCGACAGCGAAGCCAAGCGCGAAGCGGAAGUGAUUCGACAAGUCCGGGAGAGCGAGCCCGAGGUACCGCCCAAAUCACCAUUGGGGGCACUUCCAUCCCUCGAAUCCUUCAUGCCAUCCACCACCCCACACCCCCCCGAGGACCGGCCUGGCACUGCCGGGGCCACCGCAACCAGCCCCGACGAGCCCAAGUUCAGUGACCAGGCCCAUCGGAACUCGGGCGGGAUCAACUUCUGGAACUCGUUCGACGAACGGUACCGCACUCCGCCGCCCCCGCCCCGCCAGCACGGGGCCUUCUCGGUCUCCGAAGAUGACCUAACCAUGGACUUCACCCCCUCCACGACGACCACCCAGAACCACAACCACCACGAAUUCGCCAAGCCGCACGAACGGCCCGGGUCGCGCAGCGAAGCCUCCUCGUCGCACCCCACGCAGUCCGGCUUUCUCGGGGAGCAGAUCAAGCGCAAGCGCCGGCGCGACGACGACUUCGACCCCAACCUGUUCAAACGCCGCGCCGUGUCGCCCAGCAUGAGCGCCCAGAGUAGCCCGAUCAUGCCGAACUCGCCCGCCGUGAAGGACACCAGCCCCAACAUCUGGGGGGCGCCCCGCUCGAACCUGGGGUCGUUGUUCGCCGACCGGCCCAGCGUCAGCGAGCACGGGGCCCGCCCCACGACCAGCGGCCACUCGGGGAACCCCAAACGCGUGGGCUUGCAGGGGAUGAACGAGACGAACGACGGGCUCAUGAAUAUGAGUAUCGAGUAG